UUACUUUCACUCUUUACCUUGGGAUAACCUAAAUAAAUCGAAAACAAUGCCAAAAGCGAAAAGAAACGAACAAUUGUAAUAGAGAUGGCAUUUUUUGUAACCAAAAAUUUUAUUGUGAGAAUGGGGAAGGUGGCGGUGAGGGUGGCGUUGGGGGUGGCUGUGGUGGCGGCUGUAGCGGCGGCGGUGGUGGUGAGGAGGAGGAUGAGGAAAGAUGGGAAAUAUGGUAAGGCGAUGGAGAUAGUGAAGGAGCUGGAAGAGAAGUGUGGGACACCCAUUGGGAAGCUACGACAGGUGGCUGAUGCCAUGACUGUGGAGAUGCAUGCUGGGUUGGCAUCUGAGGGUGGCAGCAAGCUCAAGAUGCUCAUCAGCUAUGUGGACAAUUUACCAACUGGGAAUGAAGAAGGAUUAUUUUAUGCGUUAGAUCUUGGUGGAACAAACUUCCGUGUGUUGAGGGUGCAGUUAAAGCAUGGCGGUAUCGCUAACCAAGAAUUUGAGGAGGUGUCAAUACCUCCAAAUCUGAUGACUGGGACUUCAGAUGCACUAUUUGACUAUAUUGUAGCCGAACUUGCAAAAUUUGUCGCUCAAGAGAGUGAAGAUUUUCAAGUUGCUCCUGGAAAACAAAGGGAACUCGGCUUCACCUUCUCAUUUCCUGUGAUGCAAUCAUCCAUAAAUUCCGGGACUCUUCUUAGGUGGACAAAGGGAUUCUCUAUAGAGGAUACAGUUGGCCAGGAUGUGGUGGCAGAGUUAACAAAAGCCUUGAAAAGACAGGGCCUUGAUAUGGUUGUCACUGCUCUGGUCAAUGAUACUGUUGGAACAUUAGCUGGAGGGAGAUAUUUCAACAAGGAUGUUGUUGCUGCUGUGAUCUUAGGUACGGGAACAAAUGCUGCUUAUGUAGAACGUGCACAGGCAAUACCAAAAUGGCAUGGUGUUCUACCUAAAUCAGGGGAGAUGGUGAUCAACAUGGAGUGGGGUAACUUUAGGUCAUCACAUCUCCCGUUGACUGAGUACGAUCAUGCUUUGGAUGUUGAGAGUUUAAACCCAGGGGAGCAGAUUUUCGAGAAGAUCAUUUCUGGUAUGUAUUUGGGAGAAAUUGUACGAAGAGUUCUAUUGAGGAUGGCUGAAGAAGCUGCCUUUUUCGGGGAAAUUGUUCCGGAAAAACUCAAAGUUCCAUUCAUAUUGAGGACACCUCACAUGUCAGCCAUGCAUCAUGAUACAUCUUCUGAUCUUAAAGUGGUAGCAAAAAAUUUCACAGAUAUCUUAGAGAUUCCUAACACCUCCCUCAAAAUGAGAAAAGUAGUUGUUGAGAUCUGCAACAUAGUGGCAACACGUGGUGCCCGACUUGCAGCAGCUGGGAUCUUGGGUAUCCUGAAGAAAUUGGGAAGAGAUGCAGUCAGGGAUGGAGAGAACCAGAAGACAGUGAUAGCCUUGGACGGUGGACUGUACGAGCACUAUAUUGAAUACAGCAAGUGCUUGGAGAAUACACUUGAUGAAUUGCUUGGUGACGAAGUUGCCAAAAGCAUUGUGAUGGAACACGCCAACGAUGGCUCAGGCGUUGGAGCUGCCCUUCUUGCUGCCUCACAUUCACAGUACCUUAACUACCUUGAAGUCGACGAGUCUUGAGAAUAAUGUAGAGAGCUUCUAGCAGUUUCACUUGCUGGUGAUUUUCUGUUCCUGGUUUUAUUUUCCAAUAUUUAUAGGUAGUUUAGGAUAUGAACAUAAGGAAUCUUAAAUUGUGGCUCGCGGGGAGAACAUUUGAUCAGGAAGCCUAGAUAGCAACUGAUCGAGCUCUUGCUCUCCUCUCUGGACCUUAUUUUUAUUCUUUCCUCCUGCUACUUCUUAGUUCCCAUAUCAAAAAAUAAUACAAGGAUGAAUUUCAAAUAUUUUUCAAUUACAUGCAUUCUCUGUAUGUAGGUAUGCUACUUCUUUGCUAAAGGGGCUUGAAAUAUGUCAGGCCCAAGCUGACUUAGCAUUCUGGGCCUAAUUUUGUUAUCAAAUCCAGCCCAAUCUGUCAACAGUAGGCUGUAGGAUUUAGGCCGA